AUGAACUUUAAAAAUAAUCAGUUCAUUUUGUCACCAACAAGGUUUACAGAUUAUGAAGAGACCUAUGUUUCAAAGUUUGGAGCAGAAUUUCGACGAUUUUCUCUGGAGAGAUCCAAGCCUGGAAAGUUUGAGGAGUUCUAUGGAUUAUUGCAGCAUGUGCACAAGAUACCAAAUGUUGAUGUUCUAGUGGGAUAUACGGACAUUCAUGGAGACCUGCUGCCUAUCAAUAAUGAUGACAAUUAUCAUAAAGCAGUUUCAACAGCCAAUCCUCUACUCAGGAUUUUCAUUCAGAGAAAAGAAGAUGCAGACUACAGUGCCUUUGGUACGGAUACCAUGACAAGGAAGAAAAAUGUCUUAUCAAAUGUGUUACGUCCAGAUAAUCACAAGAAGAAACCACACAUUGUCAUUAGCAUGCCACAAGACUUCAGACCAGUGUCUUCUAUUAUAGAUGUAGAUAUUCUUCCAGAAACCCAUCGUAGGGUACGACUUUACAAAUAUGGAACUGAUAAACCCCUUGGAUUCUAUAUACGAGAUGGCUCUAGUGUCAGAGUAACGCCACAUGGAUUAGAGAAAGUUCCAGGGAUUUUCAUAUCUAGGCUUGUCCCUGGAGGUCUGGCUCAAAGCACAGGCUUACUGGCUGUCAAUGAUGAAGUACUGGAGGUGAAUGGAAUAGAGGUUUCAGGAAAAAGCCUUGAUCAGGUUACAGACAUGAUGAUUGCUAACAGCCGUAACCUGAUCAUUACUGUAAGACCAGCAAACCAGAGAAAUAAUGUUGUGAGGAACAGUCGGACUUCUGGCAGCUCCGGUCAGUCUACUGAAUCUAGCCUUCCAAGUAGCACGCCAAAUAUUCUAGCAAAUUUCUUGCAAGGAGAAGAGGAGAGUGAUGAAGAGGACAUUAUUAUUGAAGAUAGUGGUGAGCCACAGCAGAUUCCAAAAGCCGCACCUACCAGCGAAAGCCUAGAAUCGUUGACGCAAAUAGAACUCCUUCAUGAGUCAACACAAAAUGGAUUCCUUCCUUCCAGUGAGAUGAACUUGAAUCAUUCAGCAGGCAGCAUUAGCAUGGAAUAUGAAGUACAAGAUCCAGAUCAUAAGUCAUUAGAAGAAGAUGGAACUAUAAUAACACUAUGAAAUUACAUUGGUGUACUUUGUAUUAAGUAAGGAUGCCAUACAUGUUUUAAUUUGGCUUAAUGUGUAAUACAUUUUAUACCUCUCCAUCUACCGAGCACUGCAGUUAGAUUAAAAGGAGGGAAAAAACUAAAUACAAGAAGUUCAAAAUUAUGUAAGUUGCCUAACUUAAUUCUGCACUUCAGUGUAAAUACUUCACAAAGAUGGAAGAUAAUUGAUAAAUGACUGAAACUGGAUGAGGAAAAUUUAAAUUGAAAAUGAAGGAUAGCUAAGAGAUGGCUAUGAGCUUUCUUUUAAAGGUACUUGAUUUUUUUUUUAAUGUAUAAUACUACUGGUUCUAUAGAAGUAAACUUCCAUUAUUGUGUGAGGUUGAUUAUCUAAUGUACUGUGGUUUCAUGUUCAUUUUAAGUGCUGCUUACGUAUGAUGGAGCUGCUUUAGCCACUUCAUUCUUGUUCAACUGCUGUUUAGCUGGUAGAGCUGUUCGUGCGGCUCUGUGUAUGAGGAAGCUGAAAAAUAAGCAGGAGGUGAGGUGGGAAGAGUUGGUUUUGGCUGGUCUAGUUCCCUGACUGACUCAUUGAGCAACAGGGAUAUUGACAGUGGUCAGCAACUUGACGACAGUCAUUAUUUGAAGGUGGGGGCUUCUGAAGUUGACUGUUCCUUUGUAAGUGAAUGUGCAACCACAGGCUCAUUAGUCUUGCACCUUUACUGUUUUUUAACGGCUGGGUAAGCUAAAUUUUAAUUACUAUUAUUUUGAAAUUCAAAUGCGAAAUUAUUAACACUUAUGUAUCAAAACCUGUUCUCAUUUUUGUUUGCAAUAUUUAAGGAUAUAAUUUGAUUUAGUUGCUAAUCCCAGUAAAUUUCAAAGAAAUCAAAUGUAAACUUAAUGCUAUGGAAAUAAUAAAAUGUAAUCUAUAUUAAAAUUGCAGUCCUAGUAGAAGCUGUAAAGAUUUUUACUAGGAAAGGUUUAUUGUAAUGAGUCUGAACUAUGUAAAAAGUUACUUUUUUCAAACCUAAACAAGUUAGAACAGCUAAAAUUAAAUCCUUUAAUUAAAAAAAAAAUUAAAUCAGAAUGAGGCUUUAAUAGAACUUGCUCAAACCAUGUGAUAUUAAAUUACUCAUUAUAAUGAUCUAAACUGUAAAUGCUGAUCUUUCUGUGUACCAUGCACUGGCUGGGUGUUUUGAAUGUUACAGAGUUCCUAUAUGUAAAACAAAAUACCAUGACAAGUCCUGAUACUGCAAGUGCAUAAGUAUGUGUGUAAUCAGUUGCAAACUUACUAGGAGAAUUGCAGGGAGAGGCUGCUAGCGUUCUUUUUGCCCUUUCCCCUUUUUACUAUCUCCUGCUUUACCACUUCAGCACUCGGUUCCCAACCUGACUCUUCUCUGGGAACUUGAGCUGUGGCAGGAAAAUGAGAUGGGUACUAAUAGGGCUGGGGGGAACGGGUGGAUGGAGCUUCUCACCAGGGAUCCAACAGUCUAUGUCAACCUCUAAGAAAGUAGGAUGCUACCAGUUCUGUACUGUGGUACUAGGCUUGUCAGAGCCAGUAGUCUGGGUUCUUGGAAGUGUGUUCUACCCCAUGGAGAGAUAGGAUGAGCGGGAAAGGAGGCUGACCCCUUUCUUUUUUUCCCCUCAGUCUAUCUUGGGGAAACAUCUACCUCUGUUAACUGUACUAACAAGAGAUUAACUGUAAGUUUAACACUAAGGCAUCUUUAAAAGUCUUUUUAGGAUAUCAGAGGCUAAAAUUGUAUUUGUGUAAGAUCUUUGUAAUGAUGUGAACAAAAUUGCUUCUGUUAUUACUGCUGUUUAAUUUUACUAAAUGCAAAUGUUAAAGUCGCAUCUCACGAGCAGCAGCAUAUUCUAGCCUUUGAUACUAUUGGAGUUCAAGUCUCACAGAUGUCAAGAAAGGUGGUGUUCGUACCCUUUUUGAUUUAUGGAGAGUUGGCAUAACAGACAAUGGCAUGCUGCAAAUACAGGUUAGAGUUCUGCUUUUUCAAAUUUAUUUAUGGUUUCUUCAGUGUGUGUGUGGAGCGGUCCUGGAAUAUUUUCCAACAUGAAUGAGAAUUUUGAAGUGUUUUACUUAUUUUGGUAAUAGUUAAAAAUGACGUAACUACAUCCACCUCAUGUGAAAUUAGGAAAAGAGAGGUUCAUUCUGCAACAUGUAGAUUUUAAAAAGACUUGUUUUCUGUCAGUGCUGCUCUACACUUCCUUUAUUUAAGGAAGAUUGUUUACUUUAAAAUGUCUUUUUUCCUUUGUCAAAAGACUUUCCUUCCUGUAUGAAAUCAUCAGUGAAGGGUGACUUUCAUUUUUUUUGCUAGUUUGCACUUCUGUGCCUUUUGUUUACUUGAAUGUAUUGUGAAUAAUCAAAGGAAUAAAGGCACUUGGAUGAGAAAUGAGGUCCGCAGGUACAGAAAAUGAACUGGUAGUGCACUUAAUACAGGUGUAAUGUUUUCAUUCAGUGGAAAUACAUUAUGGAUCUAAUGUGGUACAUUAGUAUUUUGCAGCUUGGAUAAUAGCUUUGAGCUGUUAGCUUACACAGGAGGGCUGAGUCUGAGAAUGGUAGGUUUGCAAGGUAACUUACUGCUUUGGUACAACACCCAUGGUUAGUGUGCUGCCAAACUCUGUGUAUUACCGUACUUAAAAUGGACGCAUGAAUAUUUUGGAUAUACACGCCAGUAUUAAGGACUUGUAGAAAUGUAACUAGGGUCCUACUCUAAAUUGCAUGAGAAUUCAUCUCUUAGGACCUUUCCUGCAAACUGAUUAAUCUAAAUGUGAGAUAAUAUACUUUUUGACGCACGUCAUGUUCUGUUUUACAGAAAUUUGGUAACGUGCUGUAAAACUAAGCAUUUGGGACUUGAUAAAAACAUUAAAGAAUAAACCUAAAAAUGGGCUUUUAAAAGUGUGUAUUUACAGUUACAGUGACAGACUGCACAGCAUGUAAUUGCUUAACGCUGCAGUUACCAUAAAGUUUCUAAAGUUCUUCCAUAUCUUACUAAUGCAUACACUGUUAAUUACAAAAUAUUUUCAAAUUGUUAAUUCAGGGUGAUCAACGGUUGAUUAUGAGUGAUGAUACGAUAAUUUUAUAUAUAAAUGGUACUCUUGUUCAGUAUAAGGUUUUUUUAAAAUAUGCUGAUAUUGUUAGCCUUUCAUUCACUACCUCCUAAAUUUUUAACAUCUUUACGAUUUUCUCCUUGGAAGAAAAUACUUAAAGGCUUGACUGUUUUAUAUAGAUUUUAUCUUUAGCUAAAAAAAAAAGGAAAAAAUCCAAAAGCGAUAGUGAGGAUGCUAUGCAUGAUUGACAAUGUUAUGCUGCUAUUAAUGUAAUCUUUGUGGAUUAAGUAUCCUGUAUAUGUAAACUGUAUUUUCAAUCCAGAUUUUAUAAAUUAAUUUAUAAAUAUCCAAAUUAUUUCAAAAUGGAAUGGAAAACUAAAAUUCUUUUGACUAGUGUUAUAUGUUGUAUACAUGCACAGUGGGGGGACAAGUCAUUCCUUACUUGCGACUGGGAGUUUUAAGUGCACCUUAAUAGGAAAAAGAACAAAUUCUUAAUAGAAUUAAGAUGCAUUUACUUUGAAGUUCUGCUAUGGUACUGGAUAAGUCAAGCCUAACUGUGAAUCAUAUGUUUUUUCCACAGCUGAAUUAAAUUUAGGACAAUGUUCUCACGAGCUGUCUUUAACAUGUGUAUUUUUGUGAAUAUUAUGUAUUUUCUAAUUAAAUUUUACUUGCAAUGUGAUUUUUACAUGAAUGAACUUGUUUAAAACGUCAAAUAUCAGUAUUUUUCUUACAACUUCAAUGUAUAAUGUACAUUGGUCUCUCACUGAAUGAAGAUUGAUUUUACAA